AGCCGUGACGCAGAGGGAGGCGGCUCAAGUCGAGCGAAAGACCCCACGGGUGGGUGCUCGUGUCUAUCAGCAUGGAGAGACGGCCGAAUAUCCUCCUCACAGGUACUCCAGGUGUUGGGAAAACCACCCUCGGUAAAGAGUUAGCUGGAAGAACUGGACUGACGUAUGUGAAUGUGGGAGAACUGGCAAAGGAAGGUCAGCUGUAUGAAGGCUAUGAUGAAGAAUAUUCGUGUCCCAUUCUGGAUGAAGACAGGGUGAUUGACGAACUUGAGGAGAAGAUGAAUGAAGGUGGGGUAAUUGUGGAUUACCAUGGGUGUGACUUCUUCCCAGAGCGAUGGUUCCACAUUGUCUUUGUCCUUCGAACAGACAACUCAAUCUUGUAUGACAGAUUAGAAAACAGGGGUUACAGUGGGAAGAAACUUCAAGACAACAUACAGUGUGAGAUUUUCCAGACCAUAUAUGAAGAGGCAAUGGAAUCCUACCAAGAGGAGAUAGUGCAUCAGCUGGCCAGCAACAUGCCCGAGGACAUGGAAAGAAACUUGGAACAGAUUGUACAGUGGGUUGAACAGUGGAAGAAAGAUAACAAUUAAAUGCUAGCAAUUAAGGACGGUUUUGGGUUUUCCAAGCUGGGGUCCAUGGACCCUUUGCUUAAUGGUAUUGGUCCAUGGCAUAAAAUAGGUUGGGAACCCCUGGCUUUAGAAGAUUGAUUGCUGGCUUAAAGAGAAACUAGUUUGUUGAGACAGCUGGUUUUCAUCGGGCUGUCUGUAACAAUGUGAAAGAGCACAGUGGAAAACACAAAACAUUUUGACUGUACAGAUAUUUGCUUGUGUAUUUAAAAACAGAAUUGUAUAAUGAUCAAUGCAGACAUUUUGCUAUUAAACCAAGAUGUAUAAGUCAAUAUUGUUAAAGCUGAUAAAGAAUUGAAGAAAUAUCAUUGCUUUUCAUUUACAGGUUGCAUUUGCUCUCAGUUCUGUAGGAACUAAAUACUGUUUGGCUGAUAGAUUUGGUUGUCUGUUGUAUCCAACAAUGACAGAUUUGUGCAGUUCUUCUGUUAGAUGAUUUGAAUUGCACAAACAAACCCGUGCAGGAGAGUUUAUAAAGUGGAAAAGCCAUUGCACUUUGGCUCUCUUGACCUUGAAAGUCCGGGUCCAGUGGUACAAGUCGUCAUCACAACUGCGAUCUUCAUUGGUUGCAGUGACUUCUUCUGUGUCUGGUCGUGCCGUUUCUCUGUAUGAAGUGUUGAGGAAAUGCCCGCCACUCUCACUUGAUCUCAUCCACCCAAUCUGCCAGGGCUGACUUUCCGUGCUAGGACAGGCAUGUCCCUUAUAUAGUUAUGAUAAACAUACAAAAACAAAGAUAUGGACAACCAAGCUGUGUGCUGAAGUUGCAGGAUUGCUUGUGAUGAGGAACUUGCCAAUGAACCAACUGUUCAUUGGACUGUACCGUCAUUUCUGGGUCAGAAAGUUGUGAGUUAAAGUCAUCAAAGUUCAAAGUAAAAUCUUAUCAGGGUACAUACGACCCUGAGAUUCUUUUUCCUGCACGCAAUUUCUGCAUUUCCUACUUAGCAAAUGUAUAGAACAGUACCUGUAAACAGGAUCAAUGAACAUGAACUGGCCCAAGUCAUGUUCCAUAGACUUGAGCCAGUAACAGAAGGAAAUAUUCCAGAGCAAUCUUGAGGGAGCUUUGCACUGGUGUAAAUGCCUUUGAUUUAAAUGUGUUUAUCUUUGAGAUGCACCUGGGUGAAGAAAAGUAUUGUUAUUUUUGUUACUGAAUUGGAAAUUUAUAAUUAGAGCUAUUCUAUCAAUGUAAAAAAUUAACUAUUCGUACAGAUUCAGUACUUUAGAGUGGAAGAUAUUUAAGCCAUGAAAAAGAAAGUUAAAAUGAUAAUGCAAAACAUAUAGUAGCUAUCAUAUAUUUUGUAAUUUGACCUCUAAAGUGCAAUAAUGUGAUUUUGUUAUAAACAAAUUUGGUGGCACGACACAUGAUGAUGUCUCUUCGAGCACUUCUAUUUACAGUGCUAGAAAGUUUGUGAACCCUGUAGAAUUUUCUCUUUCUGCAUAAAUAUGACCUAAGGUGUGAUCAGAUCUUCAUGUAAGUCCUAAAACUAGAUAGAGAACCCAGUUAGAGAAAUAAUCGCAAAAACAUUAUACAUGUUCACUUAUUUAUUGAGAAAAUUGAUCCAAUAUUACAUGUAUUUAUUGGAAAAAGUAUGCGAACCUCUGGGUUAGUGUCUACUGCAAAAGCUAUUUGGAGUCGGGUGUUCCAGUCAAUGAGAUGGGAUUGGAGGUGUGGGUUGUAGAGGUGCCCUGCCCUACGAAAAAGAAACAUAAAGUCAGGUUACUGACAGAGCCUGCUCUUCUCAAGAAAGAUCUGUUUAUCUGCACCAUGCCUCAAUCAAAACACCUUUCAGAAGACCUUAAAAGAAGAAUUGUAGAGAUGCAUGAAGCUGGAAAAGGCUACAAAAGCAUUUCUGAAGACCUGAGUGUUCAUCAGUCCACAAUAAGAGAAAUUGUCUACAAAUGGAGGAAGCUCAGUCCUGUUGCUACUUUCCCUAGGAGUGGGCAUCCUGCAAAGAUCACACCAAGAGCACCACGUGCUAUGCUGAAGGAGGUGAGAAAGAAUCUAAGGGUAACAGCAAAAGACCUGAAGAAAUAGGGGGUUUUUUUUUCCUUUUUUCUUUCAAAAAAUAUUAACUUUAAUUUUUCUUACUGAUAUAUUGUUUAGCUUUGUUAAUCAGUUAUUUGCUAAUUUAAUUCUUCAUUGUAUAUAAUGACAUUAAUGUAUCUUUUUGUUGAUCUUCAAUAAUAAAAAAGAUUUUAAAAUGAGAAUGUACAGGUUGGUGGUAGGGAGUGCAAGCUUGUGUGAUGCUGUUGAAGUAUCAGCACUAGUAACUCCAAAUAUAUUCUUUAGGUGGCAGAAGUACACCAGGGAGAGAAACUGGCAAUUAUGGAGUACAGAUAAAGUGGGCUAAUUUAUUCUGGAUGGUGCCCAGCUCCUGAGUGCAGUUGGAGUUUCCCCUGUUCAACCAAUUAGAGCUAUUUGGGUAGCAGAUAAGUGAUAUAGUUACCACAACAAUUUACAGUGUGCCAGCUGUAAGACUGGGGUUGGAUUCCAGCUGCAGUCUGUAAGGAGUUUGUACACGCUCCUGGUGACUGCCUGGGUUUCCUCCCACAUUCUAGAGACGUACAAGUUAGGGCUGGUAUGUUGAGAGCAUACUAGGUUGACACCAGAAGCAUGGCAACACUUCUGGGCUGCCCAGCGCAGUGCUCGCGAUUUGACACAACACAUUUCACUGUAUGCUUCAAUGUACAUGUGAAAAAUAAAGGUAAUCUUGAAGAAAUAAAUGAAUAUAAUAUAAGAAAUAAUAUGAUUUUUUUCAUAGGGCUUGGAGCCUGGCAUGCCUCAAUGACCUGGAGAGCUGGAGCCAGGGCUCUAUGCUUUAGCUCUUGGUAGCGUCAGCCAUGGCAAACUGGUCAAAGCGUAGAGGCCGUAGUAAAAGUCCUUCAGGUUCAGAGUUUUAGUUCAAGGCUAACAACCCUGUUUGGUAAAACAAAACUGAUAUCGAAACAGCAAUGAAGAAUCCUUCAAUAUCUAUGUGUGACUGUAUGGACAGACAGAGAUGGAGCACCUUCAUUGCUGCCCUAAACACCAGUGGUGUAAUGGGCAGUAAAUAAGUCAUUUCUUUAAUCUGUUCCAUUCUGAUCCUCUCAUCGUGAAAUACUUAUGUGAGGCAAUACAAUCUGUGUGCACAAUUAGAAACAUAGAAAACCUACAGCACAAUACAGGCCCUUCAGCCCACAAAGCUGUGGGCCUUACUUCAGAAGUUACCUAGGGUUACCCAUAGCCCUCUAUUUUUCUAAGCACCAUGUACCUACCUCCAUCUCUCUCUUGUCCAUAGGGUCACACACAGAUAUAGAAAGAUUCUUCAUUGCUGUUUCGAUAUCAAUUUUGUUUUACCAGUCGGUUAUUACCCUGAGCUGAAAGGAUCAGGACUUUAAAUAUAAUAUAUAAAACUUAUAUAAAAAUAUAAGAGUGUUAACUUCCAGGUCUACUAGGUUCAUUCAAAGUGGAAAAAUAUUAAAGCCUGAUUCUCUAAAUUGCAGGGAAAGUGAGGAGAGGAAGGGAUGAAAGGAAAGGACUGUUGUAGGGAGCUCAAAUGUCAAAAAAGAUAAUAAUGGAGUGAAGUGAAAGGAUUUGGGAAUGGGAUAAGUGAAAAAACCCCGUACCAUGUUUAUUAUCACUGACCUAUAGAACAUUACAGCACAGUACAGGCCCUUCAGCCUGCGAUGCUGUGCUGACCGUAUACCCUACUCUAACACCAAUCUAACUCUUCCUUCUUGUGUUGCUCUGCAUUUUUCUAUCAUCCAUGUUCUUAUCUAAGAGCCUCUGAAAUGUUCCUAAUGUAUCUGCCUCUGCCACCACCCCUGCCAGUGCAUUCCAGCACCCAUCACUAUGUGUAAAGAACUUAUCUCUGACAUUCCCACCCCACCCCUAUAUUUUUUGUCACAUUCACCUUAAAGUUAUGCCCCCUCAUACUAGCCAUUUCUGCCUGGGAAAAAGGCUCUGCCUGUCCAAUCGUUCUAUGCCUGUAAUCUAUUUUGUUAAGAGUAGAUUUUUCAGACCUCUCCUGGCACUGUCAACUCUCUGACUCUCAUUGGAUAGGGAUCACCAGGUUGCAUGUGAAUGAGCAUUCUUUGAGAGGAGGUGGGUUCUCUGAGACCCUCAGUGCUGACUGUUGCUGCUGUGCAGUUUGCCGCUGAAAUUUUCCGAAACUGGUGGAGUUAGUUCAGUGGUCAGUGGCACCUGGCGUGCUGUGUUACAGCCCUUGGCAAGGGUAACUGCAGUAAUGUUGCAUUAACCAAAGCUUGGUAAAUACCGUAUAUUAAAACUUGUUCAACCUAUGCGGUUUAUCACACAGUUCUCCAUCCGGGGAGCUGCAUAUUAAAUAAGUCUGUGCCCUCUGUAAGUAAAAACAUAGUUUUGAGUAUUGAAAGUUGAAAUGUAUCAGAAGCUGGAAAUAUAAGCGCCUUUGUAAAACUGUACAUGGUAACCUCUUUAAUAAACAAAUUAA